CUCCCUCUCCUCCUCCUCCUCCUCUCUCUCUCUCUCGUUGGUCCACAAUGGUACAGCCAGCAUCUUGCAGCAGCACAAUGGUUGCAAGGUGGUAGAGCUGUGAGGGAGAGUGAUUCAGCAUCAGAACCUCGGUUCCGUCCACCUCGGCUUCUUCUUUUUUCUUUCCUCAUCAUCUCUUUUUUUUGUUGUUGUUGUUGUUGUUGUUGAGUUUCCAUCUUUUUAAAGAAGAAGUCAGCCUUCCAGCUAUAUGCUCACCGCAAUGUUUCUCGUCGGGAUGUUUUGAAAAAGGACUGGGAUCGUCAUCAGCUGGCACGGAAUGGUAUUUAUGAGCAGACAUUUCUUAUAUAACUGCAGCCAACCAAUCCUGGAUGUGAAGAUAGCUUUUUGUCAGGUGUGUGUUCCUUACAGGUAAAAAAGGGUUUUGGAAAACAAGUGGAUGUGUCAUAUAUCGCCCAACAUUACAACAUGAGCAAAAGCAAAGUGGACAACCAGUUCUACAGUGUGGAAGUGGGAGACUCCACCUUCACAGUUUUAAAACGUUACCAGAAUUUAAAGCCCAUCGGCUCCGGAGCUCAGGGAAUCGUCUGUGCGGGCUAUGACGCGGUCCUGGACAGAAAUGUGGCCAUCAAGAAGCUGAGCAGACCUUUCCAGAACCAGACCCAUGCCAAGAGGGCAUACCGGGAGUUGGUGCUCAUGAAAUGUGUCAAUCACAAAAAUAUUAUCAGUUUAUUAAAUGUCUUCACACCACAGAAAUCAUUAGAGGAAUUCCAGGAUGUGUACCUAGUGAUGGAGCUGAUGGAUGCCAACUUGUGCCAGGUGAUCCAGAUGGAGCUGGACCAUGAGAGAAUGUCCUACCUGCUCUACCAGAUGCUGUGUGGUAUCAAACAUCUGCACUCAGCCGGUAUUAUUCACAGGGACCUCAAACCAAGCAAUAUAGUGGUGAAGUCAGACUGCACCCUGAAGAUCCUGGACUUUGGUCUGGCCAGGACCGCAGGCACCAGCUUCAUGAUGACCCCUUAUGUGGUGACUAGAUACUACAGAGCCCCAGAGGUCAUCCUAGGCAUGGGAUACAAAGAGAAUGUGGAUAUAUGGUCGGUGGGGUGCAUUAUGGGAGAAAUGGUGCGCCACAAAAUCCUCUUCCCUGGGCGAGACUACAUCGACCAGUGGAACAAGGUGAUCGAGCAGCUGGGCACACCCUUACCAGAAUUCAUGAAGAAGCUUCAACCCACAGUGAGGAACUACGUGGAGAACCGGCCAAAGUACGCAGGCCUCACCUUCCCCAAGCUCUUCCCCGACUGCCUUUUCCCUGCUGACUCCGAGCACAACAAACUCAAAGCGAGCCAGGCCAGAGACCUGCUGUCUAAGAUGCUGAUCAUCGACCCGUCUAAGCGGAUAUCGGUGGACGAAGCCUUGCAGCACCCCUACAUCAACGUGUGGUAUGAUCCGGCCGAGGUGGAGGCGGCCAGAGAUCUGAUCCAAAUAUCCAUGCCUCCACCUGCAAUCUACGACAAGCAGCUGGAUGAAAGAGAACACUCCAUUGAUGAAUGGAAAGAACUAAUUUACAAAGAGGUGAUGAACUUUGAGGAGAGAACGAAGAAUGGCGUUGUGAAGGGACAGCCUUCACCUUCAGGUGCAGCCGUGAACAGCAGCGAGAGCCUCCCUCCCUCCUCCUCCAUAAACGACAUCUCCUCCAUGUCCACCGACCAGACCCUGGCCUCAGACACUGACAGCAGCUUGGAGACCUCCGCAGGACCCCUGGGGUGUUGCAGGUGACUAGCCGCCUGCCUGCGCAACCCCAUGUUCUUCCGAAGGUGAAGAACACCAAAACCGAAACGACCGACUGAAAAUACACACAAAAAAGAGUAAAGAUCAAAUAUAUUAAGAACAAAAACAUGGAAACACUGAAUCCGACAUGAUGAAAUCUAAAGCCUGUGCAUUGUCAUUCAAAAACAGCAGUGGUAUUUAAACUGAAGUAAAUGAGAUAUAUGUUAAUGAUCCUCUAGUUGCUUUGCUUAUAUUACCCCACAUAUCUUGUAUAUGGCAUCCAAACGAAAAUGACCAAAAUGCUUCGACUUGCAUCUCCUGUAAAGUGCAUACUGGCUGGCUGCUGGUCUCCUUACAAAAAGCAUUUAUGCUCCAAUCAUUGUGGCAAGGUGGGCGACCGUUUUGCUCUGUACAAUACAUUCUCCUUCUCCCCUCUCCCUUAUCCAACCCUUAUGUAACGACACUGCUGUAUUUUAACCUCUAGGCUCUGUCUUCCCCACCCAACACACUCCCCAAUGUAAGGUUGCCUGAUUCGUGUGUUUCUAUGUGGUUAUUCUGCAGGGAUUAUGUAGUCGCUCCCACCCAGAGCGGCGCUCCCUGCGCUACUUGUAAAUAAUGUAAUUCUGUACAGCUGAAGGGCACACAGAGUGGGACUGACGGCCAGUACACUGGGAGUUUUUUUUUCUGACUAGCGCACCUUGCCACAUCACCGCUUUCCACCUCAGUUGCCCCCCUGCCUAUUGCUGUAGUCCUGCAUGAUUAGAUUAAAACAAUGCUAAUCUCACUGUAUGCUAAAAUGAGUCUGUAUAGAGACUUUUGUUUAUAUACGAUGUAAACUAACUCCAGACAUGGGGGGUCUGGUCACAGGAUAGGACGAGUGAGUGUGCGAGUGUGUGUGUGUGUGUGUGUGUGUGUGUGUUUGUGUGUGUUAACCACAGGCAAGCCAUUAAGACAUUGGUAAAUGUCAGGGCUGAGUUUGGGACUUAAAGGGUCAGUACACUCUGAAAUAAAAUGAUUUUGAUUGUGCUCAGACUUCAUCAAAAAUCCCCUUUAAGGGGUUUAAAGAGUCUGAUUUGUGUGUAAUGUCCCUUUUAUUUCUCCUGGCGGUGUGUGAUCGGUCCCUCCACCACCCCACGGGCUGGCCUGCACAGCCCUGCAUGUCAUUGUGUACCAUUAACCCCUCAUAGGCACAGGAGGUUGGUCCAUUUCACUGUGGUGUUGCCACAAGGAGACUGUUCUUAUUUAUUUAAUUGUCUGAAACCUUUUUAGAAAGAGAUACGAAUGAUACAGUGGGGAGUUUAAAGGCGGCCAAUGAGUGUUAACCUCGUAGCAAUGUAUCAUUUUGUUCUAAAGUCAACAUUUCACUACACAAAAACUAAAAUGUUUUUGUCAAUAAACUGGAUAGAGGCUACCCAACAGUUAUGUUGACUACAUUAUUUCUUAGCUGGAAGAUUUAUUUAUUGGUUUAUUUAUUUUGAUAGAUUGAACUUCAAUAUGGCAAGUGCCUUUUUUCGAAAGAAGCAUUGCAAGUGCAGAAAUUAUAUUAUUUUGGGUAUUUUUUUCCCUCUGCUUCUUCUUUUUCUGCCUUAAAACUAUCCAAAUCCCCAUCUAAACAUUUUAAAUGAUUUAGUCAGAUGUUGGCACUUAAACUGCAGGUUUGUAGUGACAGUGACAUGUCUUGUUUUUACACAACAUGAAAGGUUUUCUGUCAUUUUGCGUAUUGAUUUAAUUUAAUUUCUCCUUCAAACUGAAUCUCCAUAAAUAAGUGUGACUAAAUGUUCUUAAACUGGAACACCAGCACACACACAACCACUUAAACAUUUACAGUUAAAGCCACUACUGUGGGUCAUGUCUAACCUUUGAUAUUACACCCAGAGCCGAUAGGCCAUCUGGUGUCCAUCCCAUUCAAAACAUGGUAUAUUUUCAAUGCACACAAUUCACAACAACAUUUUUAGCUACAGUUAUGCAUAUGCAAUGGUUGAUUACAAUACACUCCAACUAGAAGUAUAAGUUUGUUGUGUGUGUGUUAUUUAUCCUCACUUAAAUAAUCAUCUUGGUCUCCGCUGCCAUAUUCCAUGUUCUCAUGUACGUUUGUGUGGGUUUAUGGGCAAAGAACCAUUAACAGACGCUGGGUUAAGAAAUCAAAUUUCACAAGCAAAGGAACAAUUUCUGUUCUAAUAAUUCUGCUGUCAGAUGGAAAGACAUUGUAGAAACUGUGAGCUGUGUUUGUGUGAAUAAAACAAACACCCUGUUUCAUGCAUAGUUUGCAUAAUAAAUUGGAUUUGCCGUCAUCACUUGACAAUCACGUAACUCACGACAUAUAGAGAUGAUGUUUCUAGACACUCAAGGAUGCUUAAGGGGACAUCUGUGUUUGUUUCUAGCACGUCAAAACACCAUUUACAACUAUUUCUGUUUCCUAUUUAUGGAUGCAUGGCUCACAUGUGUCCACUAGUUUAUAAUUAAGGUUCAAUCCCAGCCAUGACAUUGUUAAAGGGGGCUGGAUGUAAGAAUCAGAAAUUGAUUGUUAACAGUGACACCUGUGGCCGUUAAGUGAACGACAGUCGGCGUCACAUCCGCUGGAUUUUCGCG